AUGUUCUCCGAACAGAAUAUCCCGAAAGCACUCCAGGAGCGUCUUGCACGUGCAAUAUCACGUGGCUUCACACGUGAAUAUCAAGACGAGAAGGAAAAAGAGGGUAAUACUAUCUGCCACCCUGAGCUAGCGCCUGCCACGCUAGAGAAAUACGACUAUGCGGUUAGCAAUUGGGCUCUAUGGAGGAUUUCUCGUAAUGAGUCCACUGACCCAGAUUUUCCAAACCUGCCUGUUCCGACUCCUGAGCUUCUGAAACUUUUCGCAGAGUUUUACAUCAAAUCAUGCAAAAGAGUUCCGUCUCAAACUUCGGCUUGUGGUCACUUCACCAGCUUUACGUCAAAGUGGGAGCGAGAAACUUCUCGAUCCCUUCCCAGGGAAGUCAAGAAUGAUGUUCUUAACUUCAUUAGAACCGAAUUAACAGUGAAACAUAAGCUCCCUACAAAGCCCAGAGAGCGCUUCCUGGUCAACGGAAAGGACAUAGAUUACCUGCUUCGACACCUGUUUGUGGAUGACUCUCACGAUUAUGUACAUGAGAGACACCUUUCAUUUCAUCUCAAAUGGAGCAAGGAAAGGGGAUGCUUGAUACGCUGGGUGACAAUUGAUCCCGAAUUCAUAAAAGGCUGGCGUUAUCGCGACGAUACUACCUUGCCAAAGAAUUGGUUUAGAGAGCAUCCAGUUCUUGGAAUGAGUUUUGUCUUCUGGGUAAUCGUUCAUGGGGUGGCGGAUGGUGCCUUUAAGGGACUUGCUACUGUAACAGAGGUUCUUGCCGCAAAGCCACCUAAGGGAAGAGAGUCAUGGACCCUAGAAUGGGACGAAACCGUAAAGAAUCUCCCAUUCUUCAGAAUGGUUGAUUCUGGAGGACCUAAAUCAUCGAAAGCAUUGACUUUCUCGUCGUUGCGGCACAACUUCACCAGCUUGGCCCAGCGCGACGGGUUCAAAGACCAGUUGCGUGUACAUGGGAUUCGAGGAGGCAUUGCAAACAAGAUCGACCCCAAGGCUUCUCAGGCUACUCGUGGGCAGGCUCUUGAUCACCAGAAUCAUGACACCUAUUUGAAAUAUCAGUCUUCACUCAAGGCACUAGAUAUACAGGCCUUAUUCUAUGAUUUAGAGCCUGACUACGAAUGCCGUGAUAUGGAACAAAGCAUGUCUCAUCACCGAGAUCCGAACGUACCACUCCAUCUCAAUGCAGCUACGAUCGCACAGUUCGAAACUGACGAUGAAAUUGUGAAGAUAAAUCAGAGAAUUGCCCACAUAACCCAGGAGAUUGCUGGAAGAUUGGAAGAAAAUAGCCACCUCCAAUUUGAACGGGCUCGUCUUUAUAGCAAGAAAGCAAAAAGAUUGCUAGCCUGGAAGAAGGAUUUCAUCAAAAGCUGGUGGGAUACUUCAUACGCUGAGUAUGUGUCUGGGAACGACUUCUCCGAACGCGACUCAACAUCUCUUUUUGACAUCUACAAGAAAUAUCUACCAGAGCGCUCCCGUCUCAGCGAGAAUCUCUUGAAGAAGGCAUCUCUAGAUAGUGAAGUUGGUCGACAGUGCCUGGAAGACAUGGUCACUAUUUGCACGUCAAGCGAACGUACCGUUUACUAUCCCGGCAUGGCCCCCGAGGGAGGGCGUUGUCCAAUAUGCGAGAAGUCUAUACUAGACAUUCCCCCACAAGGGAGAGCUAAGCAUAUCCUACAGUGUCGAAGAAAAUCCUUAAAUGGUGCACAGUACCAGCAGCGCUACAGGAACGAGAAGCGCGCCCAUCGACGCGUACAGCGCAGCUUUGUUCAAUUUUGCUAUCUUUGCGCCGAAAUUUUCCAUGACGAAAAAUCCUGGAAGAAUCAUUGCAAAUGCCAUCUCGAUGGGCUCAAGCCCCGAUGUGGUCUCCUGACCUUCCGUUCCACCCUUGUUGCCCCUGGUUUCUGUCCAUUCUGCUUAGGCGACAAAAGCAAGAAUCCCGACGAGAGAUUUCAACAAUGGGUCACAAAAUCAACUCUCUUGAACCAUAUUGACGAACACUUAGGUUCAGCGGACUCUUCAGCCGCAGUGUUCUGCCCUCAUCCAUGUUGCGAAGAAAGGAAAUAUGUUGACAACUUACAUCUCCGGCGACACUUCUUUGAUGCACAUUCAAUCGAAGAGCCGCGCUCAAAUUGUGUUAAACGAAAAAGGAAGUGGCAGCUUCAGCCAGAGCCAGUGGGAACUACUUUCGAGAUCAUGAGUGAUGAAAUAUUGCCGAGCCCAGAGGAUUAUAUUUCCACCACUCCGCAAACCAGUUUUGAAGAUCCGGAUAUGAGCUCUAUAGAUGAUCUCUUUAUGGAGUUCAUACGUGUUGGUGACAACUAUGUGCAGAACACUGACCAGCAAGCUCUAGGUCUGUGGUCAAGAAUGGGAGAAGAUGUCGAAGAAGUCGUUUCCGAAGAAGUCGUUCCUGAAGAAGUCGUUCCCGAAGAAGUCGUUUCCGAAGAAGUCGUUCCUGAAGAAGUCGUUCCUGAAGAAGUCGUUCCUGAAGAAGUCGUUCCUGAAGAAGUCGUUCCUGAAGAAGUCGUUCCUGAAGAAGUCGUCCCUGAAGAAGUCGUUCCUGAAGAAGUCGUUCCUGAAGAAGUCGUUCCUGAAGAAGUCGUUCCUGAAGAAGUCGUUCCUGAAGAAGUCGUUCCUGAAGAAGUCGUUCCCGAAGAAGUCGUUCCCGAAGAAGUCGAUUCCGAGGAAGAUGAUUUUGAUGAAGGCGAUGCGGGGGGAGAAGAUGUUGAUGGAGAAGAUGCCGAAGAAGCUAUCUCCAUCAAGGAGACCAAAAGGUGCCGAGUGUCCCGUACAGCCAUGGUUAUCAUCAGACCAUAUCACGCAUUGGCCGUCAUAAUCGAUGACUUGGAGAGUGCCACCUAG